AUGACUAAGGAAGAUGUACUUAAGUUGUUGGAUAAUAUUGCAUAUGCAAGGUUGGAAACAGAAUUUCAUGUUGCUAUAGGUCAUUUGAUGGUUUUCUCCCCACAAUUAGCAAGAUGGUUAGAAACAAAUAGGGACAUAGAUCGCUGGGCAUUAGCAAGAUUUCCAUACAAAAGAUGGGACAAUAUAACAUUAAACCAUGCUGAAUCUUUCAAUGCUUGGUUAGUGAAAGAGAGAAAACAUCAUAUAUAUGCGUUGAUAAAUGAGUACCAAGCAAAAUUAGCAAGGAAACUAUACAAUAGCAAGACAAAAAUGGCGAAUUGGUCAAAUGGAAUUGGACCACGUGUUGAGGCAAAAUUGAGCGAGAAUGUAUUAAGAGCUGAAGUUAUGGUGGCUGAACAUUAUAGUGUGAAUAUGAUACUAGUGAAGGUAGGAAACAAUGACUUGAGAGUGAAUCUAACAUUGCGAGAAUGCUCUUGUCAAGAAUGGCAAAUGGUAGGAAUUCCUUAUGCACAUGCAUGUGCAGCAAUAAAAUUAGUUCAAGGUAAUGUGUAUUCAUAUGUUGAAGAAUGUUACACUAUUCGUGCACAAGAAAAAAUUUACAGCUCCACAAUGAUUUUGAUAGAAACCAUUGACAUGCCUCAGUUGAACGAGCUACAUUAUGAAGAUUAUGAAAAGAAUACCUUUUUGGAACCACCACUAACUACACGUGCCCCAGGGCGACCACCUACCAAGCGAAGAGAGUCACAGUUUCAGAAUAAAAAAGUGUAUCAUUGCUCAAAAUGUAAUCAAGCUAGACAUACCAAGAAUAGAUGUAGGAAUCCCAAUCCAAUGUAG